ACGCAGCUUCCCCGCCCUGGGCGCUGUCAGGAGACGCUGCCUGGCGGGCAGGAGCGGCCGCUUGCCCCCCCCGGGGGGCGUGGGCUCACACACAUCUCCUCUCUUGCAGAAGCAGAGCUCGGGGUCCCUCAGUAACGAAGCCCUGAUCAAAAGAGCAGUUUCCCUGGUAACAGACAGCACAUCCACACUCCUCUCUCAAACCACCUACGCGCUGAUUGAAGCCCUGACAGAGUACACGAAGGCAGUUUAUACACUGGUGUCUCUCUACAAGCAAUACUCAAAUCUGCUUGGGAAAAUGAAUUCAGAAGAGGUGGAUGCAGUCUGGCAGGUGGUCAUAGGAGCCAGAGUUGACAUGACAACAAAACAGCAGGAGUACCUACGGCUGGAGUCCAGCUGGAUGACAGCGUUACGCCUCUCAGAGAUGGCAGCAGAAGCUGCUUACCAGUCAGGUGCAGACCAGGCCUCGGUGACAGCCCGCAGCCACAUUCAGCUGGUCAAGUCCCAGGUGCAAGAAGUGCGACAGCUGUCCCAGAAAGCAGAGACCAAGUUAGCUGAAGCUCAAACAGAAGAGCUCAUCAAAGCUCAAGGAGAGGAGUCCUUGCCACAGGGUGUUUCUGGAGGCAUGGAGGCGGGUGAGGACCCUUACCUCCGGGAGGACUGAAGAGAACU